AUGGGGAACCAGAUGGAGAGACUGACACAUCUGAACUACGCGGAGGUCCCCACGGCUGAUCCGGCCGGCGCCGAGCGGGAAGAGCCGGGACCCCGCAUCGGGGUCUCCUACAUCUUCUCGGUGGACGACGACGAGCUGGAGGAGGCGGCGGCGGCGGUGGUGGCCGGUGAGCCGGGCGGCACGGUUGGGGGUGGGGGUGGGGGUGGUGGUGGUGGUGGCGGGGGGGGCCGGCCGGCCGAGGCCGGGGGCGCGUACGACCCGCUGAACGAGGUGGAGUGCUCGGUCUACUACAGGGACGAGUGCAUCUACGAGAAGAGACGGGGCAAGGGCGGCCAGCGGGGCGACGAGCUCGGCACCCAGCCCCCCGAAACCCUGCUGAACAGGUGCAAGCCGGGGGACCUGGUGGAGUUCGUGGCCAAGAGUCAGUACCCGCACUGGGCGGUCUACGUGGGGGACUUCCAGGUGGUGCAUCUGCACAAGGCGGAGAUCAGGAACGACUUCCUGACCGACGCCAGCCAGGGCCGGAGGGGCCGGCUGGUCAACCAGCUGUACAAGUUCAAGCCCCUGCCCCCGGACCGGGUGGUGCAGAGCGCCCUGCAGCAGGUGGGGCUGAAGGAAGGCCAGCUGAGCUGGAGGAGCUCCGAGUGCUUCGCCGCCUGGUGCCGGUGCGGCCGCAGGGAGUUCAAGAUCGGCGGCGAGCUCCGCAUCGGCAAGCAGCCGUACCGGCUGAAAAUCCACCUGCCCGACCGGAGGAGCCACACGCUGGAGUUCCAGAGCCUGGAGGACCUCGUCAUGGAGAAGCGCCGCAACGACCAGAUCGGCAGAGUGGCGGUGAUCCAGGAGUUAACAGCACAUCUGCAGGUGGAGGACCAGCAGAGGACUGAGCAUAACACGCACUGAGCAGGUUAAAAAUCCACCCCCCACACCCCCCGCCACAACCCCCCCAACCCUGGGACUGAGCAGAACACACACUGAGCAGGUUAAAAAUCCCUCAACCUGGGAUUCAGCAGAACACACACUGAGCAGGUUAAAAAUCCCUCAACCUGGGAUUCAGCAGAACACACACUGAGCAGGUUAAAAAUCCUUCAACCUGGGACUGAGCAUAACACACACUGAGCAGGUUAAAACCCCCCAACCUGGGACUGAGCAGAACACACACUGAGCAGGUUAAAAUCCCUCAACCUGGACUGAGCAUAACACACGCUGAGCAGGUUAAAAUCCUCCCAACCUGGGACUGAGCAUAACACACACUGAGCAGGUUAAAAAUCCUCAACCUGGGACUGAGCAGAACACACACUGAGCAGGUUAAAAUCCUCCCAACCUGGGACUGAGCAUAACACACACUGAGCAGGUUAAAAAUCCCUCAACCUGGACUGAGCAUAACACACACUGAGCAGGUUAAAAAUCCUCAACCUGGGACUGAGCAGAACACACACUGAGCAGGUUAAAAUCCUCCCAACCUGGGACUGAGCAUAACACACACUGAGCAGGUUAAAAAUCCCUCAACCUGGGACUGAGCACAACACACACUGAGCAGGUUAAAAUCCCUCAACCUGGGAC